AUGGCUGCAGCAAGGAAUCAGACGCACUACGGGUAUGUAAGGGAUGUCGCUGCUUCCGGUACUGCGGUGAGUCCUGCCAAAGAAGAGAGCAUGAGCCAGAUUGCAAGCUUCUCCGCCAGGCCAACUUUCGUGGACUGUUUCGCCUAG